AGGCGCGACAAAAUAAAUUGUCUGUGAGUCGGAGCGGAUUAGAUAAAACGUGUUCAAGCGACAAACUCAUUUGUUUUUUAGGUAAAACACGAAAAAAAAAAAUGGAAUUGGAUUCCAUGAAGUAUGCCGAAUUACGCAGUCUUGCGAAGGAGAUUGGGCUCAAAACCUCAAAACUGAAGGCUGAUAAGCUUCUGAUGGUGCUCAAGGAGCAUUUCCAGCAGCAGGGAGAUGUUGCAGUGGAGCAGGGAGAUGAGACUGGCAUUGCUGCACAGGAUGACAUCAACUCAACCCAGGAAGUCAACAAUUCAUCACAGGUUGACGAUGAGCCUUUCCUAAAACAACAAGCUCAGGAGUUUGUUACCAAACGUCGCGGUAGAGGGCGACCGAAGAAGAGGAAGGAGCCUGAAGAUGAGGAAGAGAUCUUUGAGAAGCUGGUUGAACCCAGAAUCGGCCAAGGGAGUGUUAAGAGAAGGAAAACGUCUGCCGCUAAGGAUUCUGGGGUGGCAGCACCAGUAGAGGAGUCACAGAAAACCAAUGUUCAGCCUGAACCUGGCCACAAAGAUGCAGCCCCAGCAGUGACUUUUGAGAAAGGAGAGGAACAGAAGGUGGUGAUGCCAGUAGGAAAGAUCCCUCGCUACGAGGGGCUCCUGAAGAGGACUAAGUCGAUGCUGAAGCCUACGACACCAAACUUCAGAAAGCUCCACGAGGCACAUUUCAAGAGGAUGGAGUCAAUCGAUUCGUACGUGGAAAGGAAGACCAAGCAAGUUGAUUUGUUCAGAAGUUCCGUGAAGGAACUGAAGGUUCUCUCCGAUAAGACUCUUUCUCACCCGACUGAAGGAAAAACCCCAGGGAUGUCGAGCUGUGCCUCCCUGUUCAGCCCAGCAUCCCAGAGACCUGCCACAGACCAACGCAGACAGACUCGAUUCUCAGCCAUCAAAUCUGCCACUGAUAAAAGUAGACUCUCAGCCAGUAAGCCAGCUACAGACAAACGCAGACAGACCCAGAUCUCAGCCAUCAAAUCUGCCACUGAUAAAAGUAGACUCUCAGCCAGUAAGCCAGCUACAGACAAACGCAGACAGACCCGGGUCUCUGGCACCAACUCCCCUCAGAAGGACACUGUUGUUCCAUUCAGACCCACAGUCCUGUCCACUUGCAGGAUCAAUGUCCGGUUCUCUCAGGCUACUCAGGAUAAUGAGCACAAGAGGCCCAUGGUCAAGACCCCAGCGCGCGCGUCAACCCGUGUGGAACUCGUCACUCCUGGGAAAGAGACUAAAGUUGGCGGGAAACGUGAAGUCAACAAGCCCUCUGUUCCCUCUAGCACCAAGACGCCAGGAACAGCAUUUGUGUUCAAUGCAAACACCAGUGUUCUUUCUAACACUCCUGGAACCAACAAGGCCAACUUUGAUCUGAAGGCCAGUCUCUCUAAGCCUCUCACCUACAAGCCUCACAAGGGGAAGCUGAAGCCUUAUGGAGAGACCAAGGAGAACACCGCUGACCAGUCUCAGAUUGUUCUUUCACACCAGAAGAACUACAAACAGCACCCGGUUCAGACAAGGGAGGAAAGGAGGACAAAACAGACUGAAGACAGGAAGCAGAAGAAAGUGAACAUGCUUGGAGCCAGACGAGGCCUCGUCAUGACCUAAUCCCCCCCCCCCCCCCCCCCCCAACUCUUCUGUAAAGAUUAGACCCUGUUUUUACUGCAUCUGUCCUCUGUACUGUUCUAAUCUGUUGUGAUUGUUAAAUUUUACUCUGUAGUUCCUCAAACAACUUGAGGAAUUACAAUGUUAUGUACUUUAUUGUUCACAUUAACAUGUUAAAUAUUUUGGUCAUCUGUAAUUCACAUGUUUUACAGUGCGUAUAAGUUGUUGUACUUUUUCAGAAUUGUAAAUACAUGUAGUAAAUUUGG